AAGCUUACCGAAGCGAUGCAUUAUGGGGCCAUGGUUCCACUUUGAAUGGGGGAAAUAGAGACGCGGGAUUUCAGUGGGGGACCCGUGUCGUCACACUUCUAGGGGUGACGUCACGCCCUGGGAUUGCCACCGAGUAAGUGGUUCCUGGAAGUGUCACGUGGCUUUACAGUCCACCGGAAUAAUAAUAACAACAACAACAACAACAAUAUACCAUCUUUGUGGUUCUGAGCAGUGACAUUUCAGCAUGGCACACAACAAGAUCCCACCUAGGUGGCUCAACUGCCCUCGUAGGGGCCAACCGGUGGCAGGGAAAUUCUUACCUCUCAAGACCAUGCUAGGCUCCAAAUAUGAUGAUCAAGUUCCGGAGGAGAACCGAUUUCAUCCAAGCAUGCUGUCUAACUACUUGAAAAGUCUUAAGGUAAAGAUGGGGUUAUUAAUAGAUUUGACCAAUACAACAAGAUUCUAUGAUCGGAAUGAUAUAGAGAAAGACGGUAUAAAAUAUAUCAAACUCCAGUGUAAAGGACAUGGUGAGUGUCCGUCAUUGGAGAACACAGAGACCUUUAUCCGGCUGUGUGAACGAUUCAUUGACCGGAAUCCUGAUGAGCUAAUAGGUGUCCACUGCACUCAUGGCUUCAACAGAACCGGCUUCCUUAUCUGUGCCUUCUUAGUGGAGAAGAUGGAUUGGAGCAUUGAGGCAGCUGUAGCCACGUUUGCUCAAGCCAGGCCUCCAGGUAUUUAUAAAGGCGAUUACCUGAAGGAACUUUUCCAACGUUUUGGGGAUGUUGAGGAUGCUCCUCCCCCUCCUGAACUCCCAGACUGGUGCUUUGAGGAAGACGAUGUAGAUGAUGAUGAUGAUGGAAACGGUGUACUUCAGGAAGCAGAGGCUGGCUCAUCAGGAGGUGCCUUUCACAGAAAGAAGAAGGAGCGUUUAAAACUGGGUGCAACAUUUCUAGAAGGUGUAACAGUAAAAUAUGUAAAUCAAAUAACAACUCAGCCAAAGCUUGGAGAAAUACAGCGGAAAUGUCAGCAGUUCUGCUCCUGGGACAGAUCUGGGUUCCCUGGAGCACAGCCUGUAUCCAUGGACAGGAACAAUCUGAAAUUUCUGGAGCAAAAGUCAUAUAAAGUAAGCUGGAAAGCAGAUGGCACCCGAUAUAUGAUGCUGAUUGAUGGCAAAAAUGGAGUAUUUAUGAUCGAUCGGGACAAUUCUGUUUUUCAUGUUUCAAACCUUGAAUUUCCAUUUCGAAAAGAUCUUCGACUUCAUUUGGCAAACACUCUUUUGGAUGGUGAAAUGAUUAUCGACAAAGUUAAAGGGCAGGCUGUGCCUCGUUACCUCAUAUAUGAUAUUGUCAAGUUUAAUGGUCAACCUGUUGGAGAGUGUGAUUUCAACAUCCGGCUGGCUUGCAUUGAAAAAGAAAUUAUAUUUCCCAGGCAUGAGAAAAUGAAAACAGGGCUAAUAGACAAAGCACAAGAGCCAUUUAGUGUCCGGAACAAGCCAUUCUUUGAUAUCCAUGCUGCAAGAAAGUUACUUGAAGGAAGCUUUGCCAAAGAGGUUAGCCAUGAAAUGGAUGGACUCAUCUUCCAGCCUACUGGGAAAUACAAGCCUGGUCGAUGUGAUGACAUUUUGAAAUGGAAGCCUCCUAACUUGAAUUCCGUGGAUUUCCGACUGAAGAUAACAAGAGUUGGAGGUGAAGGGUUACUGACUCAGAAUGUUGGACUGCUUUACGUUGGAAGCUACGACCGCCCCUUUUCCCAAAUAAAGGUGACAAAGGACUUAAAACAAUAUGACAACAAAAUAAUUGAAUGCAAGUUUGAGAACAAUUCCUGGGUCUUCAUGCGGCAGAGAAUUGACAAAAGCUUUCCAAAUUCCUACGACACUGCUCUGGCGGUGUGUAAUAGCAUCCAACAUCCAGUAACCAAGGACAUCCUGUUUGAGUUAAUUGACAGAUGUACUUCAGGAGUUCAAGGCCAAGAUCGGAAACAUCCAUCGGAUUCUGAUGCAAAGCUCAUGCCACCACCUCCCCCUAAAAUGCCCCGUGUUCUUAAUUGAAAAUUCCACAUUUCAGAGGCAUCAUCCCCCAUCCGAAAAACAGCGACAUUUGAAAAGCAUGUUCCAUAUGAAGUUUACAAUAAGAUGUUUUUCCUUUUCAUUUUGUUUUUUAAGACUUUUUUUGUGUGCAAAUAGCUAAUAUUUUAGCUUAAGUACAAAGAUUAUUUUUGCCUCAAACUGUCAUCGAGAUGAUUUUCUCCUACCUUGGAACAUAUAUGGGAGUGUGAUAGCUAUGCAUAAAGCAUUAGGUUUGGAUACUUUGGAAUAUAGUACAAAAUAAAGUACAACCACCUUUAAAACUUAACUUUUGUACAUAUAUGGAUACUUUGGACAACAUCGCUUUUACAACAUGAUCCUUAAAAAGCUGAAGAGCAUAUGAAUUACAUUUUUCUCAAAGUAUUUUUUUUUAUUUAACUGAUGUCAUAACUCUGUGUCAUAGCUUUAAUUUAAAAUGUUUUUUUCUUAAUAUUUGUUUGAACAACAAGUAACUGCUAUAAAUAUUGUUUGAACUGUAAAGUAUGAAACAUCAUUGUCUAGGUAGGCUCCUUUUAAAUCUUGCUUCGUAUUUUGACAUAUUAAAAAAUGAAACUUUA